UCAUCAACACUUGAGUCACGGAAGUUCACGAAGAAGGAGACACCAAUUUAUCUGCGCUAAUAAAUUAACCAAAAUGUUUUCAGGAUCAUCAGCUGGGUUUAACAGGGCUUUAGAGAAAGCAACCAGUCAGUUACUUUUAGAACCAGACUGGGAUUCUACUAUGCAGAUAUGUGAUAUCAUCAGACAAGGAGACGUGCAGCCUAAAUAUGCUGUUGCUGCUAUGAAGAGAAAGAUUUCUGCAGAGAAUCCUCAUGUUGAAAUAUAUGCCUUGCAGGUACUUGAAUCCUGUGUAAAGAAUUGUGGAUCAUUGAUUCAUGAAGAGAUUGCAACUAAAGAAUUCAUGGAGUUUUUAAAGGACUUGCUAAAGAUAAGACCAGAUACUGUGAAGAAUAAAAUUUUAGAAUUGAUCCAAGUUUGGUCACAAGCAUUUCGUAAUGAACCAAGUUAUAAAGUGGUACAGGAUACUUACAACUUAAUGAAGUUGGAAGGUCACACCUUUCCAACACUAAAAGAAGCUGAUGCUAUGUUUAUGGCUGAGAAAGCCCCUGAGUGGAAGGAAGGAGACUGUUGUAAUAGAUGUCGUACAAAGUUUGGUAUGGUAAACAGACAGCAUCAUUGUAGAAAUUGUGGGGAAGUUUUUUGUGGAAAAUGUUCAGCAAAAUCCUCCAUUAUUCCUAAGUUUGGAAUUGAGAAGGAAGUCAGAGUUUGUGAUUCAUGCUUUGACAUCUUGAAUAAAGCAGCUGCAGCAACAUCUACAAAGAAAAGUGAUGAUGAAUUACCAGCUGAAUACUUGGCUAGUCCAUUGUCUAAACAACAACAGGUGGCACCUCAGAAGACAGAACAGGAAAUACAAGAAGAAGAAGAAUUACAGUUAGCUCUGGCUUUAUCUCAGAGUGAGGCUGAGACUAAACAGAAGGAGCGUGACAGGUUGAGAAGUAAUUAUGGAAUGUAUGGUGGGUCCACAACAACAGCAAGCAAAACAUCUUCUUACAGUCAACCAGCAACUGUCUCGGCACCAAUGGUAGAUACCGAAGAAAUGGAUCCAGAGCUGGCUCGUUAUUUGAACAGAAAUUACUGGCAACAGAAAUCUGAGAUAAAAACGACCAAUGUUCCGACCACCACUCCAUCAGCUCCUGUAGUUACUACAGAACAGAAAGCAACAGAAGGAGGAAAAGUUGUGAUUGAGGCAUAUCAAAAUGGGGAAAAUGAGGAUGAUGAAGAACAAUUCCUAAAAGCAUUACAGAGCAGUUUAGAGAUUUUUGUAAAUCGUAUGAGAAGUAAUUCCCAGCGAGGGCGUAGUAUUGCUACAGACUCUUCUGUUCAGUCACUGUUCAAUGUUAUCUCUAACAUGCAUCCUCAGCUGAUGAAGUAUGUUGGAAAACAAGAGGACCUAAGAGGUAACUAUGAAGCUCUACAAGACAAACUUGCCCAGUUACGUGAUGCUAGAGAAGCUUUAGAUGCUCUAAGAGAAGAUCACAGAGAAAAGAGACGUAGAGAACUAGAGGAAAUGGAAAGACAGAGACAGAUUCAGAUGGCACAUAAACUAGAAAUCAUGAGACAAAAGAAGCAUGAAUAUUUGGAGAUGCAAAGACAGUUGGCUUUACAGAGAUUACAGGAACAAGAACGAGAAAUGCAAAUGAGAUUAGAACAGCAGAAACACAUGACACAAAUCAGGCAGAUGCAGAAUUAUGGAUAUCCACAGCCAGGAUAUGGUCAGAUGCCAAUGACUGGUGUUCCCCCACAGCAAACAUUUAGUCCUGUUGGGUCAUCAGAUGGAUCACCUGUUCAUCAGAUGCAAAAUAUGUAUGGCCAACAGCCAAUGGGACACGGGCAACAACCAUUGCAACAUGGUACACCACAAAUGUACAAUCAACCAAGCACUCAGCCUGGAUAUAGUCAAGCUGGAGGACAGUACCAGCCACAAGUUACUAGUCAGACAGGCCCACAGUUUCAACAGGGACCUUAUCAACAACAACCAAUGUCUACACAACCCUCAAAUCUACCUGGUGCUUACGACAGCCAAGCAGGAUACCAGACAGGUGGCCAGUAUGGUCAGAUGCCACCUGCUACAAUGUCACAGGGUAUGCCACAACAAGGUGGAAUGCCACCUUCAACAGUAUCACAAGGAAUGCCACAGACUUCUAUGGCACAGCCACAAGGAAUGCAGCCAGGGAUGCCACAAGGUGGAAUGCCUACUUCACCCAUUCCACCAGGCAUGCCACAGCAAGGAAUGCCCAUGAAUCAAGGAUAUCAAGUACCAACUAGUUCUAAUGUAGAUUAUCAGGCAUAUAACAUGCAAGGAAUGACAAAUGCAUUACCUCAGCAACAGUAUUCAAAUCAGCCACAACAGUACAUGGGCAAUCAGGCAGGACAGUACCAACAACCCCCACCUCAGGGGCAACAACAGGAACAUCCCCAGGGACCACCACCUGGGAGCAAUGAAGCUCAGUUAAUUUCAUUUGAUUAAUAUUAGGAAACUUGCAUAGACAGAUUAUAUCAUGUAUUGUUAUCUUUUAAUAUUCAAUAUAUAAAUUUUGAAUUCUUUUUACAAAAAAAUACUGAUUCCUCAAAAAUUAAUCCUCCUGAUUUUAAGCAAUAUUCAAUUAGUUUUACCCUUGGCAUAACAAGUAACUCAGUUUGUUUUGAAUUAAAAAAAAUGUACAUAUUUUUUAGUACAGUUUGAUGACAUGAAAGGUUCUUUGUAAUAAUGGUAAAUAAUCAGCUGAUAGCUGUUAUACACACUAUCUUAUUUGAUAGAACUUAGAACACAAAUAUUGUUAAAAGAUGGACUUACACAAGAGCCUUGUGGUAUGUUUCUGAUGUUUCAGGUCAAGAAGGAAAUUUAUGAUUUUUUUUUCAAGAAUUUCAGAUAAGAAGGCAUUUGAAAGCAAGUUGGUUUGAAUAGUUGCAAGCUUCUUGUAGAUAUAAUUCUUGUAAAGUCAUGUAGCUUGUACAUUUUUGAAAAUAAAAAAUCAUUCAGAUAUGCAUUUUUUCAAAUGAAUUUGUGUGUAUUAAAGCGCAAGAUAAUUAUAAUCAGAUUUAUAUCAUUAAAUUACCGGCAGUCAUAGAUUCAUUGUUUUCAAUCUUUGGGCUGAUACAAAAUUAAAUCAUUGUGCUCAUGAAUAAAAAUGCUUAAAUGUGCUUGUAAAAGGUCAAAUAUAUGUUUCUACUGUGAUAGAUUAUACAUGUUUUAAUCAUUGUGCAAUCAAUAUUUAUGUGUAACAUUGAUUCUGUAUUGUUAUUAAAGAUUCAAAUUAUAA